CGGCCGAUGGAAUAGGGCGAGCGGCGACGGCAGAAGCGGGCGACAGGCGGGGCGGAGCGGCUGGUCGGCAGAGCGGGGCGGGGCAGCGGCUGACGGCGGGCUAGGUCAGGUCCUCCUCCUCGUGUUUGCGGCUAGCUCGCUGGAUCUUCACGACCUCGUCCGGUGCACCGCGCCACUUGCAGGCGGUGGCGCCGCCUCGUCACCACCUCACCGGCAACGUGGUGUACAUCUGCCGCUCCAUGCCGCCCUCCAGCCACCUCAUCCGCGACCUCACCGUCGGCUUCUUCCACCAGACCCACGAGGACGACUCGUCUUCCUCGGUCGCACCGCCUCGGUUCGUCCCGUUGCCCUCGACCUCCUCCAGGUUCGGCGGCGGCGAGCUUGACAGGGUGUUUGACAACCCCGGCCUCUUCAAGAACUCCCGCCUCGUCGCAUCACGGAAAGGCCAGCUCGUCGUCGAGCUCCGCCGCCCUUAAGUGACAGGUUUCCCUAAGUGAUCGACGAACAAGCUGUGGAAACACAUGCGAACACGAGGAAACACGCUGAGUUUUGUGGUGCGAUGAAGCUGCACCUUUUCUGGUUUUCUUUCUCCCUUUCAUUAUGCAGGUGAGCGCAUUGGAUGCGUUCCCACGUCGCGGUACAAUCGCGUCCAUCCCCACGAUCCUAACAACGUGCUCACGCCUCCGAUCGCCAAGGCCCGGGCUCUACGCGUGCGCGCUGCUCACCGCCGACGAUCUCCAGGACUCCGCCGAUCCGCUCCCACCGGGUCCCGCCGCCUUCCGCCUGUUGGUCCUCUACAAGCGCCGUAGCUUCACGGCAUGCCGGUCCUACUCGUCGGACACCAAGGCCUGGAGCACCGAGCGCAAGCUAUCCGGCGGGACGGACCUCACCACGGGGGUGGGGCUAGCCACCGCCGCCGCCGGCAAUCCGAAGGACGAUGGGGGAGAUUCGCCGCCCUCCCCGCGAAGAAGGAGGCGCUGCGGGAGAAUGGCUGGCGCACCGCGACCUGACCCGCCGUCGGCCAUGUCCCGCCCCGCCCGUCGCCCGCCGCUCGCCCUGCUUCAUCGGCCGGAGAGAGAGAAGGGAUAGAGAGAAGAGG